AACUUUCGUGAGUUAUCGCGAGCACACAGCUCGUAGGAGAUGUAGAGAAAUGAGGUCUGAAAAGGACCAAAUGGCCGUGGACACGGAGAAAAGUGUCGAAAUACAAUUUAAGGACAUUCCAAGAGAGCAGGAGAGCCCAGGUUGCCAUCUCAAACAAAAAGAAGAGAAGAAGGAGGUCUUUUCAAAGGUUGUGAUCAGAAGACUGCCACCUAACCUUUCAAAAGAACAGCUUGAAGAACAACUAAGUCCGCUCCCAUCGUAUGAUUACUUUGAGUUCUUCUCAGCAGAUCAAAGUCUGUAUCCCCACCUUUUUUCAAGAGCAUAUAUCAAUUUUAAAAACACUGAGGAUAUCGUGUUGUUCAGGGAUCGAUUUGACGGCUACGUCUUUAUCGACAACAAAGGUCAAGAAUAUCCUGCAGUGGUGGAGUUUGCCCCCUUUCAGAAGAUUUCCAAGAAAAAACUGAAAAAGAAGGAUGCCAAAACUGGAAGCAUUGAAGAAGACCCAGAAUACAGGCGAUUCCUGGAGAACUAUUCUUGUGAUGAGGAGAAGUCUAUGGCCAACCCUGAGACUCUACUGGGGGAGAUAGAAGCCAAAACCAAAGAGCUCAUAGCCAAACGGACAACACCCCUACUGGAGUACAUAAAAAUUAAGAAAAUUGAAAAACAGAGAAUAAGAGAGGAGAAAAGAGAGGAGCGAAGAAGAAGAGAGCUUGAGAAGAAACGGCUAAGGGAAGAGGAAAAGAGAAAGAGGAGAGAAGAGGAGAGGCGCAAGCGAAAAGAAGCAGACAAGCAGAAGAAACUGUCGGAUAAGGAUGUUAAAAUUAAGCUUCUGAAGAAGACUGAUAGAGAUGACAAUCCAGAUUCAGACAGAAUGAAGGACAAAAGCGACACUGGGGAGGCAGAAAGGGGCAGAUGGGAGAAAGCUGGAGGACAAAUGAAGUCCAAGGAAUCCAAGGAAAAAGGCCAGCAUGAGAGUGAGAAGGAGCAGAGAGAUCAGCAUGGGCGCAGGCAGAGAGACAAAGAUUACCGCGGAAAAGAUGAAGAGAGGAAACGGCAGCAACACCACUAUGACUUCGAGAAGUUCAUGAGAAGGAAAGAUGAAACCAAGUGGGGAAAGGGCUACUGCCAAGACCGAGCCAAGAAAGAAGGGCACCAUCAUGGUUUUUCUUACUGUGCUGAUGGAGGAGACAAACUGGGAAAGGAGGAGAGGGAGGACCUGAGUAACAGAAAGGAACGCCUCCGAAACAAGGUGAGCGAGAAGGACCGUCCAGCCAUGCAGCUCUAUCAGCCCGGAGCUCGCAACAGGAAGCGCAUGAGCUCAUCCAGCAAGGGCUAUGACUGCAUCCAUUUGGGCCACUCACCUGAACGUGAGACGGAUCAUUGUUAUGAGGUGGUUACCAUGGUAAUGGGGCUGGACAGAGGCUUUGAGAAAAGCAAAGAUGAACAGUAAGUUGUCACAAUGUUAAUGGGGAGGGGAAUUUAAAUUAUAUAUUAAGUCAUGUUGAUGUUUUGCCUGAUUGUCAUUUGACUUUAAAUGAUAAAAACACCCUAAAAAGAGAGAAGAAUUUAGUUGUUAACUUUUGUUUGUGUUGUGAGGAAAACCAUAACUCAGUUUCCUUUUUAAGCAUGAUUUAUUCAGCACUAUAACAUCUAAAAAAAUAUGCAUAUAUCUUGAAAAAGUUCAAUACUUCUUUAUCAAAUUCAUAAAGUGAAACUCAAAUAUCAUAUAGAAUCUCUACACAUAUUGUAAACAUGCUGAUAUUUAUGAUUAUGGCCUCUUAACAGCACAACAAUUACAUUGAAUGUCUCAGAUAAUCAUAAUAUGGCAUUACACCGGUCAAAAAUGUUUAUUGUAAGCACACAUUUCAAGUUUCAUAAAAUAAAAAUAUGUAUUUGUUCAUGAUUGAGUGACUUAAAGAUCAAGAAUAAGAGAGCAUUGAAAAACUAACAAAAACUUUACAGGUGUUUUGAAUUAAGAAGCCGAUUAGGGUAGGACAUCAUGACUUGUCAACAUUAAAUUUUUCCAAAAUAUGCAAAAAAAAUGUUGUUGUUUUUUUUAAAGAUAUAGUCAACAAAACAGAAAUAAAGAUUUAAAGUAUUUUACUUUAUGUGUAAGGAUUUCAUACACAGUCUAAGUCUAAGUUUUUGAAUUGAUUAAAACAAAACAGCACAAAAAUACAUUCAGUUUUUCAUCAUGUUUAAUAUUGAUCAUUAGUAUUAGUAUUUUGUGACACUUCCCAUAAAUGUUCUGGUCUCAAAUUUUCAGCACCUUUAUUUAUUUAUUUGGAUUUUUUUCUAGUUAACUUGCAGCACUCCAUUGUUUAUAAUCCGUGGUAGGGUGGAGGUCGUAUCUUAAUUAGCACGUGUCAACUGUUAAACACUGACCUUGUAAAAGACUCUUUUGUUUAAAGUUUGUUAUUUUCUGCUCAACCUGUAUGUUUCUGAUUAUCAUAAAUUUUAUUCAAAGUGAAAAAUAAAAGAACUGUCAAACAAUGGAUGGAAAUUAUACAAAAGAAACAUUUUUAGGGCAUUGUUUUGUGUACUGUUGAGCAAAUUGUCAACAUAUUUGACCUUUAGUCCAUUUUUUUUUUUUAAUGUGUCAUACAAUAAGGUUUUUCUGUGAGCCAAUAUUUGUAUUUCAUCCGUUGUGUAGCCUGGAAGAACAACUCUGUGCUCAUUACCUUGAAAUAAAUGUAAGUGAAGCACUGAAAGAGAAA